GUUCGUUGUUUAAACGCAAUGGCGGACCCCACGGCAGACGAAAAUAAUAAAGAAAUGCAAGAUAGUGACGACGAAGAAAAGGCAGAUGUAGAAAUGGAAUGCGAGAAGGAUUCAGAUUCCAAUGACUCUGACAGCGAAAAUGAGGAAUCGGAGAGACAAGUUGCAGAACUUCAGAAACAGAUAUCAAAGAACCCAUACCUGUAUGAUGUUCACAUAGAUUUAAUUAAGUUAUUGAAACAACUUGGAGAGUUAGAACAGCUUAGAGAUGCUAGACAACGAAUGAGUGAAUUAUUUCCCUUGGCAGAAGGUCUGUGGUUAGAAUGGCUUAAAGAUGAGAUUUCAUUAGCUGGUGAUGAUCAAAAAGAAAGGAAGAAAGUAGAAGAGUUAUUUGAAAGAGCUGUCAAAGAUUAUUUAUCUGUUAAAAUAUGGCUGGAAUACGUACAGUUCUCCAUUGGUGGAAUGGCAUCACAGGAUGGUGUGAUCAAGAUCAGGGAGGUGUUUGAAAAAGCUUUGUCUUCUGCUGGUUUACAUGUUGCACAUGGAUCCAGUUUAUGGGAGGCUUACAGAGAGUUUGAAAAUGCCAUCUUGAUGGGCGUUAUGCCUGCCCCAGGACAAGUAGCUACUAAACAGCAGGAAGAUGAUUUUGAUGUACAACAUAAAAGAAUAAUGACUUUGUUUAAAAGACAAUUGUCAGUUCCAUUAAAUGACAUGGAAGAGAGUUUUACAGAGUAUAAAGAAUGGUUGCAGGGUGAAAUAGAUAGUCAGAUUAAACAACAGUUCCAUAAAGCUUUGGAAUACUACAAGAAAAUACAACCGUAUGAAAAAGAUUUGUUAACAAAAGAAGAUAAGAAAGAGGUGUACACAUCAUAUAUAGAUUAUGAGAUAUCACAUGGAACUGCAGCCAGAGUUAUAUGUCUGUAUGAAAGAUCUGUCCAAGAAAACUGUCUAGAACCAGAGGUCUGGAUUAAUUAUACUAAGUACUUGGAUGCAAAGUUGAGGGAUGAAACAUUAUCAAUUCCUGUAUUUGAACGAUCAGUGAGGAAUUGUCCAUGGUGUUCCCAGUUGUGGAGUGACUACUUGUUAACAUUAGAAAGAGCCAAAAAAUCUCAUCAAACAAUAAAAGGUACAGUGGACCGAGCUUUGUCCUGUGGUUUUGCAGAAGGAGGAAGUUAUUUACAAAUCUGGACAACCUACUGUGAUUACUUGAGAAGAUGGAUACUAUGGGAUGAAGAUCAUGAAGAACAACUAACUUUAUUUAGAGCAAACAUUGAAAAGGCAGUAGAACAUUUAUAUACCAUACCUGACGGAGAUCCCACUGGAAGUCUGAGGCAGUUCUGGGCUACCAUUGAGGCUAGAUAUUGUAAAAAUGUGACCAAAGGUAGAGAAUUAUGGAAUGAAAUCAUGACAGAAGGCCACGGAAAUGAAGCCGCCAUGUGGCUCAACUUUUAUCAUUUUGAGAGGUGCUAUGGUGAUAAUAAACAUUGCAGAAAAUUGUUACAAAGGGCACUUAACUCUGUAUCAGAUUGGCCUGAGAGUAUUGUGGAUGCAUUUAUUAAUUUUGAAAGAGAGGAAGGUGAUUUGGAGCAAUAUGAAUCGGCUUUAGCUAAGUGUAAUGCUCAGAUGGACAGAAUCAAGGAGAGAAGAAAACAGGCAGCAGAGAAAGAAGAAGUAGAGAAAUCCAAAUUCCAACAAAAAGGAGGGAAAAAACAACAGAAAACAUUUGACAAAGGUCAUCAUACGGACAAAGGUCAUCAUACUGACAAGAAACAACAGUUUAGUAAAAAAGACAAAAAAACUAAAUUUGAUAAAAGACAAAAUUGUAGUUAUGAUAGUGGUGAAAAAGUGUUCGUCAAACCUUAUCAGAAGAAAGAGACAAAGAGUGACGAUACAAGUGAAAGAAUUUCAUUGGAUGAAGAUCAAAAGGCAAGCAAUGGGUUGAAAAGGAAGGCAGAAAACGAUCAAUCUUCAGAAUCAGUAUUCAAAGUACCACCUCCUCCUGGGUUCAAAGGUCAAAAGUCAGGACCACCACCAGGGUAUAAAGGAAAAAAGUCAGAGCCGCCACCAGGUUUCAAAGGUCACAAGGCUGGGGUUACAGAACCACCUCCCGGAUUUAAAGGAAAAAGUUCUGAGGGUGAAGAGCCACCAGCUAAAGUACAAAAAACUGAUGGAGAUGACAGAUUACACGAAGGUCAAGGUGAUGUGGGACCAGACAAGAGUUCAUGUACAGCAUUUGUUAGUAAUCUGGCUUAUGAUGUAGAUGAGGAUAACAUUAAAGACACGUUUUCACAGUUUGGAGAAAUAAAGGAUGUCAGAUUGAUAAAGAAUUUCAAAGGAAGAUCCAAAGGCUACGCAUAUAUAGAAUUUCCAGAUGAGUUGUGUGUAAUAGAAGCAUUGAAAUUUGAUCGUACUCCAUUAGAUGGACGACCAGUAUAUGUGUCCAGAUGUGAAGACAAAUCAGUCAGAAAACCACAGUUUAAAUUUGCUACAGAUUUAGAAAAGAACAAAUUAUUUAUAAAAGGCCUGCCAUUUACCUGCACAAAGGAAGCCUUGUCUAAUAUAUUCUCACAGCAUGGAAAGUUAAAAGAUGUUAGAUUAGUAACAUACAGAAGUGGGGCUCCAAAAGGAUUAGCUUAUGUAGAAUAUGAGAAUGAGAAUGAAGCCACACAAGCUGUGAUGAAAACUGAUGGCUUGGCAAUCGGGGAACACACAAUAUCUGUGGCUAUAAGUUGUCCACCAGAUAGGAGGCCACAGAAGGAUCAGUUUAUACCAAGUCUGGGCAGUGGCAAAAAAGAAACUGAUAUAAGAGGAAAAGCUAGAACACAGGUGUCAUUGUUACCAAGGGCACUAAAGACAGGAGGUGCAGCUUCAUCCAAUGAAAAAUCUUCAUCCAAAUCAUCAUCAGCAGCAACCAAUGAAAAGCCAGGAUCUAAAGAACAAUCUGGCAAAUCAAAUGAUGACUUUAGAAAAAUGUUAUUGGGGAUUAAAUAAAUUUUAGUAAAAAAAAUAAAUAUUAAAUUGUAGGCGUGCUUUGAUUAUUACAGAGUGAAAUGUAAAAAGCAAUAGUUGUUGAUGACAGUGUUGUUGUGUUGAAAUCUUUUGGCUUUUUUGUUGUUGGGUUACUAUCUCGUUGAUUUACUUAUUUCAAUCAAGUUUUUCUUUUAUUUACUUGUUCAUUCUUUUUUGUCUCAAGUAUUCAUUCAGACCUACAAUACUUAUAUUUUAUGGUUGACUGGAUGUCAGUUUUUAUACGACUGCAAAAAAUUUUUUUGGAAUCGUAUAAUGGUAUGAUGUUGUCGACGUCUGUGUCGUCGUUGUCGUCUGAAGACACAUUGGUUUCUGGACAAUUACUUAAGUUUUAGUAAAUAGAUCUAUAUGAAAUUUUUUCAGAAGGUUCAAUACCACAAAAAGGAAGAUUGGGAUUGAUUUUUGGGAUGAUGGUCCCAACUGUUUAGGAAUUAGUGGCCCAAAAGGGUCCCAAAACAAGCAUUUUUCUAGUUUCAGGAUAAUAACUUGUGUAUAAGUAUUUCGAUUGCUCUGAAAUUGUACCACAAUGUUUUAUACCACAAGUAGAAGGUUGGGAUUCAUUGUAGGGGUUAUGGGGCCAACAGUUUAGGAAUUAAGGGCCAAAAACAAGCAUUUUUCUAGUUUCCAGACAAUAACUUGUGUGUAAGUGUAUGGAUCUCUCUGAAAUUAUACCACAGUGUUCCAUAUAACAAAGGGAAGGCUUGGAUUGAGUUUGGUGUUAAUUGCCCCAAACAUGUAGGAAUUAGGGGCUAAAAAAAGGCCAAAAAGAAGCAUUUUUCUAGUUUCCAGACAAUAACUUGUGUUUAAGUGUAUGGAUCUCUCUGAAAUUGUACUACAAGGUUCCAUACUACAAAGGAAAGGCUGGGAUUAAGUUUUGGGGUUAUUGCUCCAAGGAGGGGGGGGGGGAUUUUUUGUUUACAAUUUUUAAGGGAUUAAUUUUUUUUUUUUUAAUUUUCAAAUUACGAAUUUUUUAAGUUUCAAGAAGAAAUCUUCAAUUGCACAGUAUUGCACAAUAAAUUUGUAAGAUCUUUGACCACAUUUAUUUUGUGUCAGAAACCUUUAUUAUGUAAAAAAUUUGAUCACAAUCCAAAUUCAGACAGUAUAAAGCUUGAAUAUUGUGUCCAAAUUUGCUCCAACUGUUCAGGGUUCGACCUCUGCGGUCGUAUCAGACUGCGCUCAAUGAUGCAUUUUAUUUUACAGUACUUUGAUGUUAUUAGAUAUGUUUUACAAGUAAUACAUAGAUAUAAGAAGAUGUGGUAUGAGUGCUAAUGAGACAACUCUCCAUCCAAGUCACAAUUUGUAAAAGAAAAACCAUUAUAGAGCAAAGUACGGUCUCAAAACAGAGCCUUGGUUCAUUCCCAACAGCAAGGUAUAAAGGGCCCUAAAAAUGACUAUUCAAACGUGAAAACCAACGUUCUAUAUAGAUUUAUUUGAAGGCCAACCUGUAUGUCUAAUACAGAGAAAAUAUCUUCAUUUUUUGUGGAGCCUUCGACUCUUGUCGAAAAAAGCGAGACAUAGUGAUCCUACAUUCGGUCGGCGGCGGCGGCAGUGUCCACAAAUAUUCACUCUGUGGUUAAAGUUUUUAAAAUUUUUAAUAACUUUCCUAAACUAUCCUGGAUUUGUACCAAACUUGAACCAAAGCUUGUUUAUGAUCAAAAGCUAGUGUAUAGAAGGAAAUUUUGUUAAAAUUUUGUACUUAUUUUUUCGUAUUUUACUUAUAAAUAGACUUAGUUUUUCUUCCAGUUCACAUUACAUGCAGUCUGCAGUUAAAGUUUUUAAAACAUUUAUUAGAUUCAUUAACUAUCCUGGAUUUUUACCAAACUUGAACAGAAGCUUCUUACAAUCAAAAGAUAGUAUUAAGAGGAAUAUUUUUACAAAUUUUUUUCUAGGUUUUUGUUGAGCCUGCUAUUAACAGCAAAAGUAGGCGAGACAUUGGGUUCCGCGUAACCCUUACAAAUUUUUUCAUUAGAAAGUCUUGUUUGGUUCAACGAUAUUCAGAGUGAUAUUCAUUAUGUAUUAUGCAUGCAAGGAGUAUUCAAGUUAUAUUUUGUAUUCAGUUAACAUUGUCUAUACAGUAAGCAUUCACAAUAGUAAUGCAUGUAGUAUUUAGUUACAAAGAGUCAUCCAUUGUUGAACAUUGUAGUGUAAAUCAGUGUGUAUGCUCUGGUAAUGGUGCAAAUUCUAUAUUUUAUUGUUGCUUACUUCCUGAAAAUGAAAGGUUUAUCAAGUAUGUGAAUUGUGUAUGUAAGUAAUUUUUAUCUGUGUAAGAAUGAUUUACCCUCGUUUCACUUUCAAUAUUGAAAUUCUUUACCUUUUAAUAGCUGAACAUGCACAGUUUAUCCAUAUAACCCAUCUGUUGCUAAAGGGUUAAAUUUAAGUUCACAUGAAUACAGAUUCAAUUAGGUCGAAUUAUUCACUUGCAAGUGAAUAAUUCAUCAGCUAUGUUUUUAUCUCAUUUUGACAAACUGAAACAAACUGGUAGCUAAAAGUGAAUUAUUAUUUCACCAUUUCUCUUUUAUUACUGAUUAUACAAAAUAUUGAACAAAAAAUGUUCAAUUGAAGGUGUUUCCACAUCAAUUUUAUAAGAUAUUGAUGAGAAGCUACUUUCGAUUUACUCAAAGUUACAUUUGGCGUUCAAGCAUAGGUUUCUUCAUACUGAUUUAAUAAAUAAAUGUCUCACAUGA